AUGUGCAACCAGCAGCGAGACCGCCACGGAGCCGCCGCAGGACUGACCCCCGCGUUGUCCUCCCCCGGCACCGGGACCGCUCCGAUUCCCUGCAAUUGCUCGUCCUUCUCCAUCACCGGGACCGAGAGACCCUUCCCGGCCCGCCUGCCGCAGGUACCGGCGCUGCGGGGCCCGGGCCGGGCGGCGGGGCCGGGCAGCCCCGGUUUCUCCAGCGGGGUUGGUGGGACUGGGGGUCCCUCCGGCACUCUCGGGGCUCUGAGGGUGGGUUCGGAUGGGGGCACGGCAGGGACCGGGGUCACCCGGGGGGACCCUCGCAAGGAGGAUGCGGGGUCUGGCCGGGGCCCGUCGGGGGGUCCCGGAGAGGAGGAGGUGACAGCCCGGCGUGUGGCAAGGCUGCAGCAGACAGAAGGUCUCGGCAGCAUCAUCCGCCGGAUAACUGCUGCUCCCCGCAAUUCCUACGUGCCGCCGGCGAUGCGAGCCAUGGCAGACCAGGCUGCGGUGGCAGCAGACGUCUCUCCAGCCCUGACGCCAUCCCCGGGCUCCCCUCGGCGUGGGGACAUCGAGGGACCGACGCCGCACGCCGGCAGCUCCAGGGAGGACGGCGGCGGCCGGGAUGGCUGCGGGCUCCUUCCCACGGUGGAUGGGGACACGAAACGCCCCCCGUCACCCCAGCCCGGGGGGAUGCUCCUGGCCGACCUCCCGCGGGCCCCCCAGCCCCGGCUGAGCCCGGCCAAGUCGCGCACGGCUCCGCCGUCACCCAGCGUGUCCCCGUCCGAGAGCCGAAGCCGAGCCGCGCUGCUCCGGCUGCGCGACGCCCGGCUGGAGGACACCAGGAGGAGGCUGUCGGAGGCCGUGCAGGAGCCCCUGAGCCGCCUGAGCCGCCUCAUGGCCGAGGAGAGCAGCCCCACGGGCCGGGCCAAGGAGCCGGGGGGCAGCCGAGGGGCCGGGGGCCGCCGGGUGCGGGACUGGACGCCCUGGGAGCCCACCCUGAACUGCCGCUACGAGAUCUGCUCCUACGGGGAUGUGAUCCAGGUGGUGGAGGUGGCGCAGAGAGACGCGGAACCCCCGCUGCCCCCGCCCGAGGAGCCGCCAGCAGCGCGGCCCGGGGGCUCCGUGCCGGGCAGGGCGCUCGCCUCCAUCGCCCUGCUCGCCUACGGCUACCUGGGGCUGCCGCUGCCGCCCUACGCCGCCGGGCUCUGCGUGGGGCUGCUCUGCGGGAUGCUCCUGGGCUUCCUCGCCAUCCUCCUCCUCGUGCCCAAGGCUCCGCCGGCCGCUCGGGGACCGUGGGGUCGCCUGCGCCCCAAGCUGCUCCCGGGGGAGCCGCGGGAACCCCCCCAGCUCCAGGGCUGGAUGAACCAGCUGCACGCGUACGACCCCGAGCUUUUCCACCCAUCGCUGACGCACUCGGUGCUCGCCGUGCUGGACGGGGCCACCCUCAAGCUGUCCUACCCCAAGAGCAACAUCCCGCGCCGAGCCACCUUCGAGGAGGAGAUCGUGGACACCGUCUUCGUCAGCCACCGCUGCUACGACCUGACCGAUGCCAAGGUGAGCCUGGGGGUGCCCAGGACCCUCCGGUGGGGUUCCCCCCACAGCCGGCCCGGCCUCACCCCGCUCUCGGUGCUGCAGGUCUUCCUGUGCCCUCCCAGCCUGGCCCGAAAGCGGACGUGGAACAAGAAAUAUCCCAUCUGUGUGCUGCUCCCCGAGGCGGCCGAGGGACAGGGCAGGAGCAGCGAGGAGCAGGACGCGGAGCUGCAGGGGGAUGAGGGGAGCAGGAAGGUGCCGGUGGCCGGGCAGGACACCCCAGGGGACUGCAGGGACAGGUGCCUGUACCUGUUUGGGCGGACGGGGCGGGAGAAGGAGGAGUGGUACCAGCACCUCGUGCAAGCCUCCCGUGGGACACCCAGCAGCCACGGUGACACCACGGCAGGCAUGGGAUCGGCUCCGCAGAGCAGCGGCAGCAGCAGCGGGGGCAGUGCCGAGGACAUCCCAUCCACGGAUUCAGCCAGGGAUGUGUCGGGAAGCACUGAGGAGAUUUACCUGGAUUACAGCACCUACAUGGCCCGGUUCGUGCCAGCACAGGGGGCACCCAGCCCGGAUCGGAGCCCCUCCCACGGAGCCCUGGGCAGCCCCACGCCCACCAAGGGGCUGGUGGCUGCUGUCCCCCCCCAGCCCGGCGAGGACACGGCCAGCAUGGCCUGGAUGAACGCGCUGGUGGGACGCAUCUUCUGGGACUUCCUCCGGGAGCAGUACUGGGCAGAGCAGGUGUCCAACAAGAUCCAGAAGAAGCUGAGCAAGAUCAAGCUCCCGUAUUUCAUGAACGAGCUGACGCUGACAGAGCUGGACAUGGGCACAUCCAUCCCCUCGGUGCUCAGUGCCUCCAACCCCACCAUCAAUGAGCGAGGGCUCUGGGUGGACAUGGAGGUCACCUACAGCGGCUCCUUGCAGAUGACACUGGAGACCAAGAUGAACCUCAGCAAGCUGGGGAAGGAGAGCUCUGCAGAGGAGAGCGGCCCUGCAGAGGCAGGCAGAGAGGGGGCCAGGCCACGGCUGAUCCUGCUGGCAGACAGCGAUGCCGAGUCGUCCAGCGCUGGGUCCUCGGACGAGGACGAUGUCACCACUGCAGAGCCCGUGGGAGCCCCGGGGGAGAGGCUCCCCCCACCUGGCACCGAGGGCCACAACAGCACGAGCCGGAAGAUCCUGCGCUUCGUGGACAAGAUUGCCAAGUCCAAGUAUUUCCAGAAGGCCACAGAGAACGAGUUCAUCAAGAAGAAGAUGGAGGAGGUUUCCAACACGCCGCUGCUGCUGACGGUGGAGGUGCAGGAGCUGGCAGGAACCCUGGCUGUGAACAUCCCCCCGCCACCGACCGACCGUGUCUGGUACAGCUUCCGAGUGCCCCCACAGCUGGAGCUGAAGGUGCGCCCCAAGCUGGGUGAGCGGGAGGUGACAUUCCUGCACGUCACCGAGUGGAUCGAGAAGAAGCUGAAGCACGAAUUUCAGAAAAUCCUGGUGAUGCCCAACAUGGACGAUCUCAUCAUUCCCAUCAUGCGCUCUGGCCUGGAUCCUUGGCCACCCACCACGGCCCUGCCCCAGGACCUGCCAGCCAGGGGGGACAGGAGGCUCUGAAGCACAAGCCCAGGGGCAGGGACACUGCCCAGAGCUCAGGGACCUCGCUGGGACAUGGGGACAGCCAGGGCCUGACCACUGACUGCACCCAGGGCUGUGCCUGGGUUCAUCCUCAUCCUCUGCUUCUGCAGAUGAGCCUCCUCCAAUCCUGCAAGCACACGUUCAGGGCACAACCAGGCUGCUGGAGACCCAGGGAUUCCAUGGCCACAUUGCCAGGACUGCUGGUCAAGCAGGCAGUCUGGACAGUGGAGGGCUGGGCUUCCCACUGUCUGGUUCCCAAAGAGGGUGCAGGACACCUGGAUCAUGGCACUGAAGGAGUUGGGAUCACUGCUGAUCCAAAAUUCCCAGCUCCAGGGAAUUCCCCCCCUCCCUGCAGGCAGCUGGGCUGCAAGGAAAGCACGGGUGGGAGAGGAUCCCAAGUGAAUAAAGCCAUCACUGGCCAGCCCUGCCUAGCAGCCCUUGUGUUGUACACAAAUUCCCACCUCUGCUGAGGAUUCCAGGCAGGAUCAGGGGGCUUUGGGCAAGGAGAAGUCCUUCAGCUUGGCAAAAGCAGUGCUGGAUGUGUGGGAGAGGCACUGAGGGCACAGUCAGGGAGCCUGGGCAGAGGAGGUCAUGGGGAGGCCCUGACUCCCAGUGGAAACUGGGGCAGAAGGGCUGGUGCUCUGCUCUCUGCUGGAUGAGAGGAAGGGGAGUCUUCAUGGUGAUUUGGGUGUGUGGGAAAAAUUCACUGGGCAAAGGAAAGGGAGAGUCCAGAGGACAGAACAGGCACU